AUUUGUUGUAUUAUUUUAUCAAACGAAAGAAAAUAUUGGGAAACCUUCUCAUAAACGCCACUGAGCAGAUCAAAACAGCCCCUGCCAUUUCAGUAGCACAAAUAUUAAAACAAUGCAGCGAUCAGUUCUGAUAAUAAAGAUAAACUAUUCUUGUUCAUGCUGUUACGAUAAGUUUUAUAAAGUUUUGCUUUCUGGAUUUUGAUAUCAAAAGUGCAUUUGAGAUGGACAAACCUAAAAGGGAACUUGCAUUGGAUACUCAACCCGAAAUAGAUCCCGGAAACAACAAAUACUUGUACAGUGACGUUUUAUUUAUUGUUGCCGUGGUGACACUGGGUCAAGGAUUGUGCUUCCUCGCGGUCAUCAUGUUUCUGGGUGAUGUCACCAUACUUCCGGAAGAUCCCCUCACACUAAUUGGUGAUAUGUAUCUAGCAAUGGGAAUAGCUUUCAUUCUACUUUCAAAGCUGUCUGCAAAGACCGGGAGGCGUUUUUUUAGACAUAAGAAAUGCUCGUGUAUACUGAAAAUUUCUCCUCAAGGAAGAGGAGAGCAUUGCAAAUUAAGUGAACAGCACUGCACCAGCAGUGAUAAUUUCGAACAAGAGGAAUACUUUUCCGCAGUAAAUGCAGAAAGUAAUGAAAAACAGAAAAACGAGAAAAUAUGCAUUGAUCGGAGGUUGAAAGAAUCAAUGGACCAACAAUGGGACAUGAUAGACACCAGUGCAGAAACACUCGAUGAUGAUGCUUCAAACAAAAACAGCGUAACGAUAGGAUGUGACUGUGCAAUUAUUCUCACUUCUAAACCAGAGAAUUUUACUGAUUAACAUUUCUAAAUCAUACAACACUCUUACGCUUGAGUUAUAUAUAAAUUACGUUUUUUAUGGUCAUACCAAAUUUUUACACUUCUAAAAUGAAAUACAUGCCAUGUAUUUUGUAAAAAAGUAAUGAAAUGUU